AUGGCUGUGGCAUUGGUGGCCACCUGCUUCGUCAUCCUCGUGCUCAGCUCCGUUGUUUGGCUCCGCGGCCGUCAGAAGCGGCUGAACCUCCCACCAGGGCCGCAGGGAUGGCCGGUGAUCGGCAGCCUCGGCUUGCUGGCAGGCGCUCUCCCGCCGCACCGCGCACUGGCCACGCUCGCGGCGCGCCAUGGCCCGCUCAUGCAUCUCCGGCUUGGCUCCUUCGACACCGUGGUGGCAUCCUCGGCGGAGACGGCACGGCUGGUCCUCAAGACCCAUGACCUCGCCUUCGCCGACCGUCCGCCCACGGCCUUCGGCGCCAUCCUCGCCUAUGGCUGCAAGGGCAUCCUGCAGACUCCCUACGGCCCCUACUGGCGCAUGGCACGCAAGCUGUGCGCCACCGAGCUCUUGUCCCCACGCCGCGUCGACUCGUUCGAGCGCAUGCGCGCACAGGAGACGCGCGCGCUGACUCGCGGCCUGUUCGAGUCCGCCGGCGCCACCGUCGAGGUGAAGGAGCACCUCGUGAACUUCACCAUGCGGAACAUCCUUCGCAUGGCUGUCGGGGACAAGUGGUUGGGCUUCUACGGCAGUGAGGAAGGCGAGGCGUUUCGGCGCACCCUGGAUGAGGCGUUCGCGGUGACCGGCGCCGUGAGUAACAUCGGCGAGUGGGUGCCGUGGCUGGGGCAGCUUGACGUGCAGGGCUUCACUCGUCGGAUGAAGAGGGUGCACGAGCAGCUGGACCGGUUUACGGAGCAGAUCCUCGACGAGCACGAGAAACACCGGCGACGCUGUGCUAGAGACGGCGGCGAGUUCGCAGCGACAGACAUGGUGGACGUGCUUCUGCAGCUAGCCGAGGAGGGCGGCGGGCCGGAGGAACCGGAGGCCCGGCUCACGCGCGAUGGUGCCAAGGCCUUCAUGCUGGACAUCAUUGCCGGUGGCACGGACACCGCGGCGAUUACGAUGGAGUGGGCGUUGGCGGAGCUCCUCCGCCGCCCGGACGCCAUCGCGGCCACCACCGCCGAGAUGGACCGCGUGGUGGGCCGUGGUCGCUGGGUCACGGAGCAUGACCUGCCAGCGCUCCCCUACUUGGACGCCGUGGUGAAGGAGACGAUGCGGCUCCACCCUGUAGCCCCUCUCCUGGUCCCUCGCCGCGCCCGUGAGGACACGGUGGUCGGAGCCUACGACAUCCCAGCCGGAGCACGCGUGCUGGUGAACGUGUGGGCCGUGGCGCGCGACCCGUCGUCGUGGUCUGACGCGCCCGAAGAAUUUCGGCCGGAGCGAUUCCUCGCCGGGGGUGGCGCCAGGGACGUGGACGUGCGCGGGGUGCACUUUGAGCUACUGCCAUUUGGGGCCGGGCGGCGGAUGUGCCCGGCCUACAACCUCGCGAUGAAGGAGGUGGCGGCGGCCCUGGCGAACCUAGUGCACGGGUUCACGUGGCGGCUGCCGGACCGGGUGGCGCCCGAGGACCUGAGCAUGGAGGAAUUCUUUGGGCUCACGACGAGCAUGAAGGUGCCCCUCGUCGCCAUCGCCGAGCCCAGGCUGCCGGAGCACCUCUACGCCGAUGUGGACUAA